UGAAGCCAGAAGCCCCAAACAAAGUAGGCCAUUUCAAGGGAAGAAGAACUAAGGUCGGUGUCGGUAUCAGAUUCAGAUAAGCAGAUCAACAUUUUAACCAUUUACACGGUAGAUUGCUUCAUCAUAUUGUCUGUAGUAGAUCGAGCAGUUGAGAUUUUUAUUCCACCAUGUUUCUGAAGAGAAACACCUGUUUGCUGGUCUUCCUGUUGUGUUCUCUGACCUUGUGGUGCAAGUCGACCAGUGCCGGCUCCAGCUUUCUCAGCCCUUCACAAAAACCUCAGAACAAGGGGAAGCCUUUCAGAGUCGGCCGCCAAGUCAUGGAGGAGCCUAAUCAACCCACUGAGGACAACCACAUCACAAUAAGUGCCCCCUUUGAAAUUGGCAUCACUAUGAGAGAAGAGGACUUUGAGGAGUACGGUGUAGCGCUGCAGGAGAUCGUUCAGCGUCUGCUGGGAAACACACAGACAGCAGAGGGACGAUCACAACUUUGAAGAUCAUGGACAAGAAUUUCAAAUUUGCUGUCUCAAUGCCUUCCAAUUUCAACUUCAUUAGAUAGUGAUCAUUAAAAUGCUGAAAGCAAUUAGCCCGUAGA